UCAAUUUUUUUUUUGUUUUGCUUAAUUAGUGAGAUACUGAGUGAGCAGAGAUAGAGGGAAGAUGAAGACGAGAUCCAGUGAUGUACAAGGAGCUAACAGAGGGAAGAGGAAAGCUCCAGAGGGAGACGAAAAUGGCAGAGGAAAGCGACGAUCGGUGCAGAGCGACGAACAGAAGAAGGCUCCUCAGAUAGGCGAUUACGGUAGAGGGAAUAAACGUUUGGCACCGAGCAACGAACAGAAGAAGGGGAAGAAGAUCCUGAGAGGAAUCCGUAGCUGUGUAUCUCCUCGGUGCUCUGCUUCUUCUACUCACCGUCCCAGCUUCUUCUGGUUUGAGCAAGACGCAUGGACAUACAUAUCGAGGUUUCUGGAUGGCAAAUCGCUGGUGAUGCUGGGAGCAACAAGCAAAUGGUUUCACAAGACCGUAAUGGAGGAGUCUAUUUGGAGGUUUGCUUGCUUGCGUGAUCUUCAGGUGCCGAGGCCGUUUCCAGUUUCUUCUAGCUGGAACAAGAUAUAUGCUUCUGCUUUUGAUGGGAGCCACUCUUACUUGUUCCAUCAGAAGGAAAAGCAUAUUGACUGGAUGCGUAUUGGUGCCUUUACUCUUGAUUCUCGAAUGUCACUCCUGACUGAGAGUUUGAGUGGCCAACUGAAAGUCCCAAGGGUUCAAGGCACCAUAGAACAGAUGCUGCAAUCCACUGGUUCAUGUAUCAUAAAAGACAUCAAAAGCGGUAUCUGGAUUGCAGAUUUACAGCUUGUUCGUUGCCCUGUCUGUGACCUCAGUACCUGUGAUGGAACAAUGCAAACACUUGAUACUAGGCACAUUGAACUGUUCCUGAAUGAAGAAUACAAAGAUGGAAGCUGGGACUACAAUCUCAUCGGAUCUCAUAAGUUACAGAAAGACACAAGUGCAGCUUGUGGAGCCAUAUUUGAUCUCAAACACGUUAAGGCAUCUGCAUCCUCAGGCAUCCUCCACCUCAAGUCUUGGACCGGAGAGCCAGACGAUUCCCAACCCAAAGCAUUUAUCACAACCCACGCAGUUGCUGUUCACACAAGGUUACAGAAAAACGAAGGAAUCCUUGUGAAGUAUCAGACGAUGAAAGCAGGAACUGAUGGUGACAUUGUUGCCAUCAGAAUCUCCCAACAGCUACUCUGAGUUCCUGUUCACAGUGUGUUAUCAAGGUCACACAAUAGAGCCUUUAGUAUAUCUCUGGUAUGCAAAUCAUUUUACUCUUCGGUAAGAUAAAACUCUACUUCAUUAUAUGACUUUACAGUAUAUGUUGCAAGAAUAUCCUGAGAGGUUAUUGAACUUGUUGUCUACAAAACUUACGCACCAACUUAUAUAUACAUGUGUACGCUAUCCUUUGAUAUUUUCCAUUAAGUACAAGUAGUUAUAGUGAGUAUAUCUUAUUCACCAUCACUAAUGGCGUUCUCAAAACAGUUCCGUCUCCUUCUCUUCUUCUUCCUCCCUCUCAUAGAUGCCUCCGAACACAAAAGGCUGCGUCACUGUUACUUAAAACAAUGGAUAACGAGAUAAUGCAGAUGGGAUUCACUCUUACUUAUUCCAUCACAAGGAAAAGCAUAUUGCUCACUCAAUCUCUGUAAACUGGUUUCAUCAUGGUCUCUUUUGUUUUGGUAACUAUAUUGGAGAAAAAAGUCAUGUUAAUAUAAGAUGUCAAGUUCUAUGGCAACUCUCUGAGUCUAGAAUGGAUUUAUUAUCACAUCCUCUAGCUUAUCUGCUUUUAGUGCCGUAAUCGUCUUAAGAGUUUAGAGUAAUCAACUGAAAGAUAUCAA